GAGGAGUGGAGUUGUAAACUGAAGCGCGUGCACUUUUCAGCACCAAUACCGCGUGGAUAGCGGCCAAACGGACCAGAUAGAUAGAGUGGUUGCGUCGGUUGGCGUGUUUCGGUGUUGCGGGGUUGAUCAUCGCCGUUGCUACGUUGGGAGGAGAGAGAAAAAAACAACUUUUGUUUUGUAGCGGAUUCCCCGGGCGGGAGUCCAAAGCGGCGAGGCUUUUAGCUUUGUUUGCCUCGGCGGCAAAAAAAAAAAAGCUUCGUCUCGGUUGAAAAGGAGGUAAAAAAAAAAAGAAGAAGAAGAAAAAACACCCUCCUUUUCUUCUUCGCUCAUUUUUUCCGAACUAGCUUGUUUUGUUUUGUUUGUUUUGUCGGGGGCUCGACCUACUGAUCCGCGACAAGACUAAAUGGCUGGAGGCGACGGGAAACAAAGGUGAUAUACUGAACAAUUUUUCCAACCCAGCCGGUUCGGUCCAGACAGCGGGGUUUGAGCAAGUGGGUCUGUUUUUGAGCCACACAUCGCAGCCCCGCUCACGCCGCUCGCCUCCAUUGUGAGAGCAUCUCUGCCCUUCCCUCCGCCGCCCGGAUCCCGCGCUCCCACCGCACACCUGCCUGCUUUUUUUUUUCUUCCUCCCCCCCACACACACCAACAGCUCUUUUGUUAAAAAAAAGUCAUCGUAACACACCAUGUGCUCUCGGGUUUGGUUCGUGACCGACCGGCGCAUCAGCCAGGAGUACCCGCAGGUCCAGAUCCUCCGCGCUCUGAAGGAGCGCUGCGCCGACGAGGACGUUGAAUUCCGCUACCUCCUCAUGGAUCAGAUCGUGCUGACCAUCAGCCAGGGCCAGCUAGGUCUGCGAGUGGAACAGGAACUGGUGACGUCUUACCCCCAGGUGGUGGUGGUGCGGGUCCCCACGCCCUGGGUCCAGUCCGACAGCGACAUCACCGUGCUGCGCCACCUGGAGAAGAUGGGCUGCCGGCUCAUCAACCGGCCCCAGGCCAUCCUCAACUGUGUCAACAAAUUCUGGACCUUUCAGGAGCUGGCCGGCCACGGGGUCCCUCUCCCCGACACCUUCUCCUACGGUGGGCACGACAACUUCCGCAAGAUGAUCGACGAGGCGGAGCCGCUGGGAUACCCGGUGGUGGUGAAGAACGCGCGAGGCCACAGAGGCAAGGCUGUGUUCCUGGCGCGCGACAAACACCACCUGACAGACCUGUGCCACCUGAUCCGCCACGACACGCCCUACCUGUUCCAGGAGUACGUGAAGGAGUCCCACGGCCGCGACGUGCGGGUGGUCCUGGUGGGCGGCCGUGUCAUCGGCUCCAUGCUGCGCUGCUCCACCGACGGGCGCAUGCAGAGCAACUGCUCCCUGGGUGGCGUGGGGAUGAUGUGCCCCCUGAGUGAGCAGGGCAAGCAGCUGGCCAUCGAGGUGUCCAACAUCCUGGGCAUGGACGUGUGCGGCGUGGACCUGCUGCAGCUCAACGACGGCUCCUUCGUGGUGUGCGAGGCCAACGCCAACGUGGGCUUCAUCGCCUUCGACCAGGCCUGCGGGAUCGACGUGGCGGGGAUCAUCGCUGACUUUGCCCUCUCCGCGCUCCCCAGCCGCCUCACGCGCAAGAUGUCCCUGCUGUCCGUCGUGUCCAGCACCAGCGAGACCAGCAGCGAGCCCGAGGUGUGCAUCGGGGGCGCGGGCGGUGGCUCCACGCCCGAGGCCGUCUGCAACAUGAGCGUGGGCUCGUCGUCCAGCGAGAGCGACCCCGAGCUGGCCGAGCCGUCGCCCCGCCGCUCCUCGGCCUCCGGCCUGUCCGACCUCCCCGACGCGGCGUACAACUUUAACACCCUCCUGGCCAACGAGAUCAAGCUAUUGACUGAGUGAGAACCGAACAAAUACGCACGCACACACCCCGAGCAGACACACACACUCACACACCCAUACAGGCAUUCAUUUCAAAAAGGCGUAUCACCCUGAAACAAAUAAUCACUACAUGUUCUGUGCAACAACAACAAAAAACAAAAAAAAAAAACACACACAGUUGAGAGAGAGAUCCCAGAGUGUGACACGGCAGAAACAAACACGAGCCUUCUCCUUUUUGAGGAACAGAUCUACGGCUGCUCCCCUGACUCUCCUUUCUUUGCAUCUCCUUAAAAUCCCCCACAGAGGUACGUAAAAGCAGGGUGUGCUGUCAUACAGCUUCUGAUACAGCUGCCAAAACCAGCCUCUGCUACUGUGUUGUUGGGGUUGUUGUUUUUUUGUUUUUGUUGUUGUGUGUGUGAAUAAUAGAAUUUCAUUAAAUGCCAUGUAUUUAACCCUCCUCCUUCGUGAUGCAUAUGAAAGGUUCUCCUGGUGUGCCAGAGUUUUUUUUCGGGGGGCAAAUUGAAGUAUUUCUGGGUCGAAUGUACCCUCCUGCUAGGCAUAUCUGUCUGUCAGCUCCAGUUUAGCGAUGAAGCGCUCCUGUAGGGAAGGACGGGAAGCCGAGGCGGAGACCUAAGUGAAGGCGUGCGGACCUCGCGUCAGCGUGUUGUGGUCCUGCUCUGCUCAGACCCGCUCAUCCAAAACAAUUCACUACACCUUAGAGCUCGUGUGUUGGAUGACCAGCAGCAGCCAUCUGCUUUUUUUUAUUAUUAUUACUAUUAUUAUUACUAUUUUUUUUUUUUUAAAUAAAAAAACCCAAGAAAUGCCUAGCACUUUACUAAAACCAGUUUUGUCUUUUUCCUCUCUUAGACGACAUAUUUUAGGAGGAAGGAGACCGGGUCAUCACCUGAAAGCAAAAAUAUACCUCAGAACAGAGAUGUCUCACUGCCAUAGGACGUCCCAGACACAUACAGAACAUAUCAGCUUAGCCACACUCCCCCCCCCAGACACCUUACAGUCCUCCCCUUCGUGUCUAGGACCUGAAAUAUAAACGUGUCAUGCUUAUGUUACAUUUGCGUUCCGUUGUAAAUAUUAGCGAGAUUAGCUUCACGGCAUCUUAGUGUGCAGCUGAUGAAACUGGAACAUCUGGAAAGAGAGAGAGAGAGAGAAAAGCAGACAAAACAAACGGCCUGACUUUGCCGUUUUAUUGUUGUUUUUCUUUUAAUUUUUUUUAAAUUUUGUUUUUAUAAGCUACUGUGGACAAACUAGACUGUACAGACCUGUGAUUUCGAGAGACUUGGUGCUAACAGCUGUGGAUCCGGUUAGUUCGCAGUCGCGUUAAUUGUAGAUUUUUUUUCUUUUCUUUUUUUUAUCGUUCUCAUAAAAAAAACGUUGUUAGUAGUUAAAGAAAAUCAACCCACCUUGUAAAAAACAAAAAAACAAAAAAAAACAAAAAAAAAACGGAAAAUAUAUUUUUAAAGUCAUCUUUAACGGAUUGUUUUUUUUUUUCCAUAUAGAGUAAAUACAUAGAAAUAAAAAUGAAUAAAAAAAAUCCAGGGAUUUCAGCAGCCAAGACUAUUGUUUACAGCUUUUGUUCGUACGGAUUUACCGUCUGUAUACCGUGUGACAUUACAGACGGACGAGGAAGGCGGGAUGCGGUAUUGUCCGCGUCUCACGUUUAGGCCAACUUUGAUCAAAAAGCACAAGCAUAAACCCUCCGAGUCGCCCACACGGCGGCGCUCUGUGGGCUCGUCGACCCUUUUCUGUUGAACACAACUCGGGGAAGCAGCCUGGAUCUCAGUCCUGACCCUAACCCAGAAAAGGCACGGAAUAUCCAUCCGAGCUUAAAACGUGUCAUGAACAUAACACACUCUCACACGUAGACCAAAACAACAGUGACAACAAUGAAAAAAGGUUGUAAACUACAGUAUGACAUGUGGCGUACACCAUGGUUAACAUGCACUUUUUUCCUUGCUUGUUGCAUAGUGUUCCAUGUUUCCUUCCUAAUUUAUGGGAUUUUUUUUUUUGAAGAAGAAGAAAAGUGGUUUGUGUGCACUAAUAUUGUCUCAAUAAAGUGAAACCUCUGUGAAG